AUGCACGAGUCCAACAUCUUGGCCUUGACGUUCAAUCACGUCGCACUGCCACCACAACUUCCAGGAAACCGAGAUGGCGAUGCAGAGACUGAGAAGGUAAACAGAGAGCUGGUUGAACGGCUCCUUCGCUCAGUGAACAUACUCAGAAGUGUCUGUGACAAGUCAUCAACCGAAGUCUGGGAUACUAUCGAAAAACUGUUGCGGACAUGCAUACUUCUUAAUGGGAAUGGCUUCGUCAAUAGAGACGCGGCGCUGUGUGCGUUCAAGGAUAUUGCACCUGGUGACGCACUUAUUCUCCACAUUGCUCAGCAAAACGCUUGUCUAUAUCUACGGAGACCAUG